CGGAAGUCAUCGCUCUUGGUCGGAGUCCUAUGCCGCCCGUCCUGUGGGAGGCUCGCCAUGGCGAUGAGCAGCGGCGGCGAUGGUGGCUGCGUCACGGAGCAGGAAAACUCGGUGCUGUUUCGGCGCGGUACAGGCCAGAGUGAUGAUUCUGACAUUUGGGAUGAUACAGCAUUGAUAAAAGCCUAUGAUAAAGCUGUGGCUUCUUUUAAGCACGCUCUCAAGAACGGUGAUGUUUCAGAUAAACCACAAGGUGAAGCCUCAGGCAAACCUAAAGGCACAGCCAGAAGAAAGCCUGUGAAGAAGAGUAAAAGCCAGAAGAAGAGUACCAUGGCUCCCUCAAAACAGUGGAAAGUGGGUGACAAGUGUUCUGCCGUUUGGUCAGAAGAUGGCUGCGUUUACCCAGCUACCAUCGCUUCCAUUGAUUCGAAGAGGGAAACCUGUGUCGUGCUCUACACUGGCUAUGGAAACAGAGAGGAGCAGAAUCUGUCUGAUCUGCUUUCCCCAAGCUCGGAAGCAGCUAGCACCGUGGAACAGAAUGCGCAGGAGAAUGAAAAUGAAAGUCAAGUUUCAACGGAUGAAAGUGAGAACUCUUCCAAGUCUCCAGGAAGUAAACCAGGCACAGUCAGGUCGAAAGCCAUGCCCUGGAGCUCCUUUUUCCCUCCACCGCCCCCAGUGCCUGGCUCGGGGUCAGGACCUGGAAAGCCAGGUCUAAAAUUCAGUGGCCCACCCCCACCUCCACCACACUUCCUGUCAUGCUGGCUGCCUCCACUUCCGGCUGGACCACCCGUGAUCCCCCCGCCGCCUCCCAUCUGUCCAGACUCGUUCGAUGACGCAGACGCGCUGGGCAGCAUGCUGAUGUCGUGGUACAUGAGUGGCUAUCACACUGGCUACUACAUGGGUUUCAGACAAAAUCAAAAAGAAGGGAGGGGCUCACAUUUCAAUUGAGUAAGUCUGCCAUCAUUAAAUCAACCCAGGGCCUUGCACUACCUAAGCACGAGCUCUGUCGCUGACCUACAUCCCCGCUCCCAAGCACCCCUGCUGCCAGUGUGGGGUCCUUGAUUGGACUCAGCCAUCUGUAAAAGCCUUGGGGUGGGGACUGAGGGAAUCUGGACACAGUUCUAAUGUAGACUGGAUUUUCAAUGUUAGACUAUUCUUCCUCACUUUAUGAGCUGUGAUAAAGUUGUUGCCAUGUAUAGAAUUCAGGAGUGAAAUGUUACUGUCUCUAAACAUAUUGAAAUGGCUUAGCAAAGUAUGUGUACAUGUGAGGCAUAGAUGGCAAGAUGCCAACCAGGCUGACUGGUGUGUACAUGGGUAUUUGAUGUAGUUUUUUCUAUUUUUUGUAAGUUUAAAAAUGCAUAAUAAAUUUUUAAUUUUUAAAAAUCGUUAAAAUCA